AUGCUCGUCGUCGGCGGCGGCCUCGGCGCGAUCCUCUUCCCUCAGCGCGCGGACCUCGUCGGCGCGGUCGGCGAGACCACCGGCCACCUCGCGUUCCGACGGAUGCGCGACCGCAUGCGCCGCGACGCCGUCGGCGCCGACAUCCUCCGACGUCGUCCUCGCGUCACCGACGACACGCUCGAGCGCGCGUGGGGAUGCGCGGACGGGACGUUCGGGAAAGCGUACGCGACAUUCAUGGGAACGCGAAAGUUCCGCGCGAGCGACCGCCCGCCCGUGCGCUUCGUCGACGACGAGGAGCUCGCGUACGUGGCGACGCGCGCGAGGGAGACGCACGACCUGUGGCACGUGCUGUUCGGAUGCCCGACGACGGUGCAGGGCGAGCUCGCGCUGAAAGCGUUGGAGUUUGCGCAGACCGGGAUGCCGUCCGCCGCGUUGGCGACGCUCGCGGCGCCGCUGCGGUUAGGCGCGUUCUAUCUCACACUGGUCCCCAUACGACCGCACGAGGAGGACCGCGCGUUCCUCGCGAAGGAGCUGUAUCCGUGGGCGUGGCGCGCGGGAGGGAGGUGCGCGGAUCUGAUGUGCGCGGACUACGAGGCGGAGUUCGAUACGGAUUUGGAGGAGCUGAGGGCGAAGUGGAGGAUCACCCCGGCGCCGAAGGCGCCGAAGCGAAAGCCGCGGAAGACAUAUCCGUGA